CAAGAUGCGCAUUGAGAUUACGACCUUGAUUCAAACUUGCAUAACACGGGAUCAUGAAUUUCGCCGGCAAAGUUGUUUUAAUUACAGGAGCUAGCUCUGGAAUUGGGGCCGCAACAGCUCUCAAAUUCGCGAAGCUCGGCGCCUGCCUGGCCCUGAACGGGCGCAAUGUGGAAAAUCUGAAGAAGGUGGCCCAACAAUGCAGUGAGGCGAGAAAGUCCAGCCCAGUUCAAGUGAUGUCCACCCCUGGCGACAUCAGCAAGCCGGAGGAUAUUGAACGUGUGUGGGCCGACACCCUUCAAGCGUACGGCAAGCUGGAUGUGCUGGUGAACAAUGCGGGCAUCCUCGAGACGGGUACCAUUGAGAACACCAGUCUGGAGCAGUACGAUCGGCUGAUGAACACCAAUGUGCGCGCCAUCUAUCACCUCACCAUGCUCGCCACCCCCGAGCUGAUCAAGACAAAGGGCAACAUUGUGAACGUGUCCAGUGUGAACGGCAUCCGAUCCUUCCCCGGCGUGCUCGCAUAUAAUGUGUCCAAGGCAGCCGUGGAUCAGUUCACCCGCUGUGUGGCUCUGGAGCUGGCUCCGAAAGGUGUGAGGGUGAACUCGGUUAAUCCCGGAGUGAUCAUCACCGAGCUGCAACGUCGUGGCGGGCUAGACGAGGAGGCAUACGCCAAGUUCCUGGAGCUCGCAAAGGUCACCCAUGCACUGGGCAGGCCUGGACAGGUGUCUGAGGUGGCAGCGGCCAUUGCAUUCCUAGCCAGUGACGCCGCCAGCUUCACUACAGGCGUAAGUCUGCCCGUGGACGGCGGUCGUCACGCCAUGUGCCCAAGAUAGACCUCGCACACUCCAAGCAGAUCCGCA